UGUCGUUCACUUCACACGGCGUCGGGGAAAGAUGGUGGAAGUCCAACUUUUUCCGACGCGAAUCUGAAGAGCCGAUGUGGCAUCGGAUAUGUCACAGGUAGUACACUGACGUUAUUGUUAGUUCUAGAAAUGGAAAAGACAACAUUUUAUACUGGUAUAUUACGCACUGGACCUUUUUAUGAUCACAACAAACAAGAAAGCUAACCAUAGCUAGCGAGUUAGCUAGUUGGAGGGGCAGCGCUUUUUUGGCAGACUUCCUGUUGCAUCAAACGAUUGAUGUAGCAGCUAGCCUAAGUUUCUGGGAGCUCGGUUCAUUGUCGACACUACACAUAUGCCUUUAAAACGGCUUGAUCAAUGACGCCCGUCAGUCUACGAUGACAUCGCCCUGAUACUUCGGGGAGACAUUUGAAGCAUGGCGGCAGAGCUUUACCCGAGCACCAAGAAACCGGCUCCAGCAUCUUCUCAGCCGUCUGCCACCGCCGUGCAACAGUAUCAGCAGCAAAACAUCAGCAACAACAACACGAUCCAGGGCUGCAAUUGGCAAGGCCUCUAUCCAACGAUAAGAGAGAGGAACUCCGUCAUGUUCAACAAUGAGCAGAUGGCCGACGUGCACUUCGUGGUGGGUCCACCAGGGGGCACUCAAAGAGUACCGGGACACAAAUACGUUCUGGCGGUCGGGAGUUCCGUGUUCCAUGCCAUGUUCUACGGGGAGCUGGCCGAGGACAAGGACGAGAUCCGCAUCCCAGAUGUGGAGCCUCCUUCCUUCCUGGCCAUGCUAAAGUACAUCUACUGCGACGAGAUCGACCUGUGCGCGGACACGGUGCUGGCCACGCUGUACGCCGCCAAGAAGUACAUCGUGCCGCACCUGGCGCGCGCCUGCGUGGCCUUCCUGGAGACGUCGCUGAGCGCGCGCAACGCCUGCGUGCUGCUGUCGCAGAGCUGCCUGUUCGAGGAGCCCGAGCUGACGCAGCGCUGCUGGGAGGUGAUCGACGCGCAGGCCGAGCUGGCGCUGCGCUCGGACGGCUUCUGCGACAUCGACGCGCCCACGCUGGAGAGCAUCCUGCGGCGCGAGACGCUCAACGCCAAGGAGACGGCCGUGUUCGACGCGGCGCUGCGCUGGGCCGAGGCGGAGUGCGUGCGCCGCGGCGGCGGCGCGGCGCCGAGCGCCGACGACAAGCGCGAGGCGCUCGGCAAGGCGCUCUACCUGAUCCGCGUGCCGGCCAUGCCGCUGGACGAGUUCGCCAACGGCCCGGCGCAGUCGGGCCUGCUGACGCUGGCCGAGACCAACGACGUGUUCCUGUGGCACACGGCGGCGCGCAAGCCCUCGCUGCGCUUCGUGCGCGAGCCGCGGCAGGGCCUGGCGCCGCAGCGCUGCCACCGCUUCCAGUCGUGCGCGUACCGCAGCAACCAGUGGCGCUACCGCGGCCGCUGCGACAGCAUCCAGUUCGCCGUGGACCGCCGCGUCUUCGUGGCCGGCUUCGGCCUGUACGGCUCCAGCUGCGGCUCGGCCGAGUACAGCGCGCGCAUCGAGCUCAAGCGGCAGGGCGCCGCGCUCGGCGUCAGCGUGGCCAAGUACUUCUCGGACGGCUCGAGCAGCACGUUCCCCGUGUGGUUCGAGCACCCGGUGCAGAUCGAGCCGGACACGUUCCACACGGCCAGCGUGGUGCUGGACGGGAACGAGCUCAGCUACUUCGGCCAGGAGGGCAUGACGGAGGUGCAGUGCGGCAAGGUCACCUUCCAGUUCCAGUGCUCCUCGGACAGCACCAACGGAACCGGCGUGCAGGGCGGGCAGAUCCCGGAACUCAUAUUCUACGCUUGAUACCGAGGAAGGUG